AUGGAUUCUAUUAUGAGUAAGAAUGAAAAAGAAUUGUUAGAGAUCCGAAAGGAGAUUCAAGAGUUUGAAAAGAGUCAAUCUUCGAUCAAAGAGAAAGGAUAUAGCUUCAAGGAGCAAAUCAAUGCUGGUUUCAGACACCUCGAUGAGAUCUGUGGAACCUUAGAUAAACAAGACAAGGAGUCAUCGCGUCUGUCUGCGCGUCUUUCUUCGCUGCCCAAGUCAGCAGAGACCGCAGAGCUGACGUCACAGCUGCAGUCGUUGCGUUCCAAUAUCAAACAAUCGAAAAAGACAUUCACACCGGAAACAGGUGGCUCACUUACCAACCUACUCUGGCCAUUCUCAGAGUCAUUCGCGCAUUUCCUCCCCCAAAUGACCUAUAUCUCUGGUGUACAAGGUCUAGUACAAAUUCUCACCAAUCGUUAUCAACAAGGUCAACUCUACAAAUUAACAGCAAUGGGCAAAGCAACCAUCAUGGAUGUAACCGGUGAAAAUAUGAUAAGUGAUCCGGGAUGGACACCAAAUGCAUUCUUCUUAUUACCAUUCUUGGCAUUUGUACAAGCAUUUGAAGUAUAUAAUGGAGUUACAUUCUUGGUUUAUGCAUUCAAUCACGAAGGAAUCGUCGAGUGGCAAGUCAUCGCUUGUGGUGUUGGUAACUUUUAUACAACCUGUAGCACAUAUUACGCAAAAUUAUCAAAUAGAAAAGAAAAAGAAAAAGAAAAGUAA